UAUUUGCUUUGGAAUCCUCACGUCUUUCGCAGGCUGUGAGCUGAUUCUGGCAGACACCAGACUGAAAGAGACCACCCGUGACAGAAAAGGAGGAAAGAAAAACACCCUCCACAAGGGACUGCACAAUUAACUGUGCACACCGGGGCUGGACUUUGUGAAUAAAGAACAUUGGGAGGAAAAUCGUGACUGUGGUGCGGGGCUAAGCUGUGAACACUCACUGGAAUCCUGACUUCCCGCCUCCCCAAAGACUCUGAGACAUUGGGGGUUCCUCACGCUUAACCAAAAGGAAAGGUUUAUUUUAAUUUUUUUUUCAAAAAAUAAAUAAAUAAAUACACCUAGCAAAACAGACGCCUUAUUUUUUUCGAGCCUUGGACCCCGGCAGAGAGAGGUAGAGUAAAAGUGCUGCUGGAUUCAGCCUCACCUUUCUCCUUUCCCCCUCCCUUUCUUUCGCUUUUUUCCUUUUUCUCCAAAACAAAAAUCUGGCUUUCCUUUCUAUGGAAUGAGUCAGAGAAAGCGUUAGGAAGAAGCCGCAACUAAUGUCUGUGAAGGGAGGACCAUGAGGAGAGAGUGAAUACGAUUCGUUCCGCUGCCUCUGACUCAUCCGGCAGAUCCGAGCACCUGCAUUUCUGGAUGUGUCAUUCCCGUAGGUCUAGGCGCCUCGAGAACCCGAAAUAUGUGUAGACAAACCUGUGCCUAACAUCCGCUCGGAGGCAGCUCCCCGGGGUGGGCGCCCCUGGCUGGACCCGCGCGGCCGCAGCUCCUCACCCCCUGCCCUCCCGAGGCGUCCAGAGACUGUGAUAGCCAGACUGCAGAAUGCAUUACGCCAAACCCUGAGGGGUUUCUUUUUUUUUUUUUAUUAUUCCAACCUCCUCCUACUAUUUAAAAAAAAAUUGAAGGGAAAAAAAACCGCACUUUAUUCUCUUCAAAUAUUCACCACUUUUAUUCCUCGCCAAGGUUUUCCUUUCUAGAUGAAGAGGACUGGGAGACAGGGCCAUUGGAAUGAAAUGCUGAAUGGGAAGAAAAGAGAGGCACUUGACAGCCCAGCCCUGUGAAUGCAGAGACUGUUUCCCUUCUAGCGAGAGACAGGGCGAGUGUGUGUGCGAGGACUGGGAGGUGGCUCCCCCUUCCUUUCUAUUCCGCCUCCCCCACCCCCUUCAAAUCUGCACAUUCAACCAUGAGUUGCCUGUUGAUUUCCUUUCGCCUGAGAAGCAAAGCAAGCUGGAAUUAAACUGCAGCGAGAGAAGUCCUUGCUCGCGGGGAGAGAAUGGGAUGGUAGCGGCGGCUACUGGCUUCGAGCAGAGAAAUCUGAGUGUGUGCUCUCCCAACCGAGGCUGAGAUACCUCGGUGCAAGCCCCCCCUCCCGAUAGACUCAAGCCGCAAACGCCGAUCAGGCUUUGGCUUUCUUGACUUCAGGGGAGAGCCUUUUCGGAAAACGAGAGGGAGGAGCUUGGUGGAGGAAGGAAACUACAAAUCGGGACACUAGUUCUUUGAGCUGCAUUUCCUCCCCUCCCUGUGGCUGCGCGGAACGAAGAGAGAGAGCGAGAGAGAGAGAGAGAGAGAGAGAGAGAGAAAGAGACCGCUUUGGCUGGGAGAUUUAGUCCACCGCCGCCGCUGCCUCAGCCAGAAAUGCAAGAUUAGAUCUCUAAAUGCAGCAAAACACUGCCUGAAAACAGACCAGCCCGAGAAGCAAGCAGACAGACAUUUCACAGAGCUCCGGGGAAGCUUCAAAAUAUAUCUGACUCUCUCUUCGCUGCUCCCCAUCCCCAUCAAUUUCAUCACUGGAGGCGGCCAGAAACAAGUAAGGAUUUCACUUUCCGAUCUGCCUGGAGACACACCUCCCUGCUCCCUCCCCCACCCACUGUGAAGUGUAUUCCGGAGGCUACAGGAGGGAGUGGAUUUGCAGCGCCCUAGCGGGAGCGAGGAUAUCCUACGGAUUCUAUCCUCAUUAUCACCAGUCUAGAUUUACUUCUUAUCAACGGGCAUCGUCGCUCAAGUUUAAGUCGCCCCAAGUUCGGGCGGCAGAGACAAAGCCCGGGGCUUGCCCCCAGCCGCAGGGAGCCUCCGCCUUGCUCUGUGCCCCUGCAGCUUCGCUGCGCUGCUGCUUCUCGCCCAGUGCAGAUGCUGUAGAUCAACAGGUUCGGGAACUUAGCGAAUAAGGAGAGACUGCCGGGUGCCGCAGCCGGUAGCGGAGGGAGGAAGGACCCACCGACUUGUGGCUCACGUCGCCCUCGCAAGGUGCGCGAGGGCUCCAGGCUGGCGCGCACCCAUUCUCUCGCCCCUUCGGUCCAGCUGCUCCUGCUCCCACCCCACGGGUCUGGGAUGUACCUUUCCAUCUGUUGCUGUUUCCUGCUCUGGGCCCCUGCCCUGACGCUCAAAAAUCUCAACUACUCCGUGCCGGAAGAGCAGGGGGCCGGCACGGUGAUCGGCAACAUCGGCAAGGAUGCUCGACUGCAGCCUGGGCUUCCGCCCGCAGAGCGCGGCGGCGGCGGCGGGCGAAGCAAGUCCGGUAGCUACCGGGUGCUGGAGAACUCUGCGCCACACCUGCUGGACGUGGACGCCGACAGCGGGCUCCUCUACACCAAGCAGCGCAUCGACCGUGAGUCCCUGUGCCGCCACACCGCCAAGUGCCAGCUAUCCCUCGAGGUAUUUGCCAAUGACAAGGAGAUCUGCAUGAUCAAGGUGGAGAUCCAGGACAUCAACGACAAUUCUCCCUCCUUCCCUUCGGACCAGAUUGAGAUGGACAUCUCAGAGAACGCAGCCCCUGGCACCCGAUUUCCCCUCACCAGUGCUCACGACCCAGAUGCGGGUGAGAACGGGCUCCGCACCUAUCUGCUCACGCGCGACGACCACGGUCUUUUCGCGCUGGACGUCAAGUCCCGCGGCGACGGCACCAAGUUCCCAGAACUGGUUAUCCAGAAGGCACUGGACCGCGAGCAGCAGAACCACCAUACACUGGUGCUGACCGCCCUGGAUGGCGGCGAGCCGCCGCGCUCUGCCACUGUGCAAAUCAACGUGAAGGUGAUUGACUCCAAUGACAAUAGCCCAGUCUUUGAGGCUCCCUCCUACCUGGUGGAGGUGCCCGAGAACUCCCCGCUGGGCACCGUGGUCAUUGAUCUGAAUGCCACUGACGCCGACGAGGGUCCCAAUGGCGAAGUGUUAUACUCCUUCAGCAGCUACGUGCCCGACCGGGUGCGGGAGCUGUUCUCCAUCGACCCCAAGACUGGCCUGAUCCGCGUCAAAGGCAACCUGGACUACGAGGAAAAUGGGAUGUUGGAGAUCGACGUACAGGCCAGAGAUCUGGGGCCCAAUCCCAUCCCAGCCCACUGCAAAGUCACUGUCAAACUCAUCGACCGCAACGACAAUGCGCCGUCCAUCGGGUUUGUCUCUGUGCGCCAGGGGGCGCUGAGCGAGGCCGCCCCGCCGGGCACCGUCAUCGCCCUGGUGCGGGUCACUGACCGAGACUCGGGCAAGAACGGACAACUGCAGUGCCGGGUCCUGGGAGGAGGUGGGACGGCCGGCGGCGGCCCCCUGGGCGGGUCGGGAGGUUCUGUGCCCUUCAAGCUUGAGGAGAACUAUGACAACUUCUACACGGUGGUGACUGACCGCCCUCUGGACAGGGAGACACAAGACGAGUACAACGUGACAAUUGUGGCACGGGACGGGGGAUCCCCUCCACUCAACUCCACGAAGUCGUUUUCCGUCAAGAUUCUGGACGAGAACGACAACCCGCCUCGUUUCACCAAGGGACUCUACGUGCUGCAGGUGCACGAGAAUAACAUCCCAGGAGAGUACCUGGGCUCGGUGCUCGCCCAGGACCCCGACUUGGGCCAAAACGGCACAGUGUCCUACUCCAUCCUGCCCUCGCACAUCGGCGACGUGUCCAUCUACACCUAUGUGUCUGUGAACCCCACCAACGGGGCCAUCUACGCCCUGCGUUCCUUUAACUACGAGCAGACCAAGGCUUUUGAGUUCAAGGUGCUUGCUAAGGACUCAGGGGCGCCCGCACACUUGGAGAGCAACGCCACUGUGAGGGUGACAGUACUAGAUGUGAAUGACAACGCGCCGGUGAUCGUGCUCCCCACCCUGCAGAACGACACCGCUGAGCUGCAGGUACCGCGAAACGCUGGCCUGGGCUACCUGGUGAGCACUGUGCGCGCCCUUGAUAGCGACUUCGGCGAGAGCGGGCGCCUCACCUACGAAAUUGUAGACGGUAAUGACGACCACCUGUUUGAAAUUGAUCCAUCCAGCGGCGAGAUCCGCACGCUGCACCCCUUCUGGGAGGACGUGACUCCUGUGGUGGAGCUGGUAGUGAAGGUGACUGACCACGGCAAACCUACCCUGUCGGCAGUGGCAAAACUCAUCAUCCGCUCGGUGAGCGGCUCCUUGCCAGAGGGGGUUCCCCGAGUGAAUGGCGAGCAGCACCACUGGGACAUGUCACUGCCGCUCAUCGUGACUCUGAGCACUAUCUCUAUCAUCCUCCUAGCGGCCAUGAUCACCAUCGCCGUCAAGUGCAAGCGAGAGAACAAGGAGAUCCGCACUUACAACUGCCGCAUUGCCGAGUACAGCCACCCGCAGCUGGGCGGGGGCAAGGGAAAGAAGAAGAAGAUCAACAAAAACGAUAUCAUGCUGGUGCAGAGCGAGGUGGAGGAGAGGAACGCCAUGAACGUCAUGAACGUGGUGAGCAGCCCCUCCCUGGCCACCUCCCCCAUGUACUUUGACUACCAGACCCGUCUGCCCCUCAGCUCACCCCGGUCGGAGGUGAUGUAUCUUAAACCAGCCUCCAACAACCUGACUGUUCCUCAGGGGCACGCGGGCUGCCACACCAGCUUCACGGGACAAGGGACUAAUGCGAGCGAGACCCCUGCCACUCGGAUGUCCAUAAUUCAGACAGACAAUUUUCCCGCAGAGCCCAAUUACAUGGGCAGCAGGCAGCAGUUUGUUCAAAGUAGCUCCACGUUUAAGGACCCAGAAAGAGCCAGCCUGAGAGACAGUGGGCACGGGGACAGUGAUCAGGCUGACAGUGACCAAGACACUAACAAAGGCUCCUGCUGUGACAUGUCUGUUAGGGAGGCACUCAAGAUGAAAACUACUUCAACUAAAAGCCAACCACUUGAACAAGCAUUCCCGACUUUGCUUUCCUUUGCUAUCCUCACCUUACACACCAUCACAAGUAGACUUCAGUCUGUUGAUCUGCUUCCUCCAGAACCAGAAGAGUGUGUUAAUUGCACAGAGGAAUGCCGAGUGCUUGGUCAUUCUGACAGGUGUUGGAUGCCACAGUUCCCUGCAGCCAAUCAGGCUGAAAAUGCAGAUUACCGCACAAAUCUCUUUGUACCCACAGUUGAAGCUAAUGUUGAGACUGAGACUUACGAAACUGUGAAUCCCACUGGGAAAAAGACUUUUUGUACAUUUGGGAAAGACAAGCGAGAGCACACUAUUCUCAUUGCCAAUGUUAAACCUUAUUUAAAAGCCAAACGUGCCCUGAGCCCUCUCCUCCAAGAGGUCCCCUCAGCAUCAAGCAGUCCAACCAAGGCGUGCAUGGAGCCUUGCACCUCAACAAAAGGCUCCCUGGAUGGUUGUGAAGCAAAACCAGGAGCCCUGGCCGAAGCAAGCAGCCAGUACUUGCCCACUGACAGUCAGUACGUGUCGCCCAGUAAGCAACCAAGAGACCCCCCCUUCAUGGCUUCGGAUCAGAUGGCAAGGGUCUUCGCAGAUGUGCAUUCCAGAACCAGCCGGGAUUCCAGCGAGAUGGGUGCAGUUCUUGAGCAGCUUGACCACCCCAACAGGGAUCUGGCCAGAGAGUCGGUGGAUGCAGAGGAAGUCGUGAGAGAAAUUGACAAGCUUUUGCAGGACUGCCGGGGAAAUGACCCUGUGGCUGUGAGAAAGUGAGGGUGGGGAGCAUUGGCAUUUUCUUGUCUCUUCUUUGAUUUAAAAAUGGUCCCUUCUGGUGACAACCUGGUUUAUAGGGAUGAAGAGAGACCAAUGCUGCUUUAAGGCUUUGAGUGAACAUCUGAAGUGCCCACAAGUAUGUUCUUUUCACUGCUAUUUCUUUUUCAGAGAUAACAAUGGUUUUGUUUUGACCAAACUUACAUUAGGACAGAAUUAAUAAUUCUCAAAGAGGAAAAAGAAACGGAAGAAAAAAAGGAGAGAAGAAAAAGGAGGAUGAGGAAGCAAUUUACCUUUUGACAAUCUGUUAGGAAGGUAUGCAGUGUGAGAACUGAAGUAUUUCUGAUCACUCUGAGACUAUCCUCUGUGAUUUAUGCUGACUUAACUGUUUACCUAUAAACCCCAAUCAAAGCAGGGUCAUAAUUUGUGAUCUGUGGUGGAUUUCUAGCAGUUAUCACAGGUUUCUACUGAAAAUCCCGAAAAGACCUUGCAGUAGUCCAAGCUACACCAAACAUUAACACAUAUUUGUGGUAAACAUUUCUGUAUAAAGUUACCUGCCACACAUAUAAACACAAAGAGCAUUCCAUAACAUUGGUUGAAAAUUAAAAAAAAAAUACUUGGUCAUUUGUAAGACACUUCAUGUCGUAAAAAAGUUAAGUGUAAAAAAAAUAUAGUCCAUUUUGUCCUGCACACACAUAGACUAAUUCACUUCAUUAAAGAAGAAGAAAAUUGAAAGAUUUAAAAAUGCCUCUUUAGCAUUUUAGUGUCCGACAAACAUACACAUAAUGGUGGAUAUAUUUUUAAUUUGACCUAGAAAAGUUCUGAAAAAUAGUUACCAUUCAGUAAUAAUAUUCAGAGAAAAUUAAUAUGAUUAAUAUGUUUUACUCAUUUGUGGACACUAAAAUAGCUCAGGAAAGUGAAAAUGUCUUAGACAUACACAAAUCACAUGACCAUUUAAAUGUGCAAAUGUAAGAAGAUUCAAUGUGUUUACAUCAAAUGACAUAUUUUUAUUGAUUUAUUGCAGAUUCAGUGCAUAUGAGCCAAAUUGUUGAGUGUUUAAGAGCUAUAUUGUGUAUUUUAUUAAAUUAAUAUAUAGUUGUGUUGCAAAAAUAUUUGGGCUUAUAUUGUAAAUGGCAAGUGUUGCCUCGGUAGCUGUCGAACUCUAUGAGUUUUGUUUUUUCCUGCUUCCUUUUCCACAUGGAGUGUGGGAAGCAGUGCCUCAGAGCAAAGUCUCUUGUUUAAUGUAUAGUCUACCAAGUACUACAGUACAUAAUCUGUUCAAAAUGUGUUUGAGUGAGCCGAUGGAGCUAUCUGAAAGGUCAAAAAAUACAUCCGUCAGUCAUGGUUAUGUGCAAGUCCUUGUAGAAGCUUUUAUUAAAGUCAUGCUAAAUCGCAAGAAUUACAUUUGUACCAGUACCUGAAACUUCUCAUGUUUUCUCAAUAACAUAAAGUUUCUGCCUAUGUAGAUAUCAUGCUGUUGAUUGGUUCUCAAAAGUAUCUUAUGUGGUUUAAGAUGAGUGUUCCCAUUUAUUUCAAAACCAUGAAAAAUGCUUUAAUGCAUGUGUGGUACCAGCCCUAGUUACUUGCAUUGUGUAGUGUUUUUCAAGAAGUCUAGGUCUUAACAGGAUGUUUUUCAUUUUUCUCAAUGCUCUUCUUAUUGCUAUUUGUGGUGGAUUUCUAGCAGUCAUCAAAUGCUUCUACUGAAAAUCCCAAAAAGACCUUACAGUAGUCCAAGCUACAUCUUCUUUUUAUUGGUGACCUUUGAGAACAAUACACCUUCUAUUCCUUCAUUUUGUUGCACGUUUUCUUGUGUCUUAUAGCAACUUUCAAACUUACUUCCAUAUGAGGCUAGGAAACCUCAAAUUUCAGGAAUUGGAAAAAAUAAAAUUAGCACUUGCAGAAGUAGUAGCAGAUGGGAAAAUGCCUUGAUUGACAUAUUCCUUCAGUGUUAAAAAUUUUUGGCAUUUUACAGCUUCGUGAUAAACAGCUUCCAGCCCAUACCUUAGAAAAUGUGGUGCUGAGUUAAAUAAAGGCUGUUUGUGCACUGGAGCAAAAAAUGCUUUAUUUGCAAACUGGUGGAGAAUUCUGUGCCUUCUUUUCUGGCCACCCAGCCAGUGUAGAAACAGCAUAAAUGUCAUAAAAUCCUUAUAUUAAAAACAAAAACAAGAGCAAAUACAAACAUUGAACUGAAUUAAGUUUUGUAAUUUUAAACCUCAACAAAUCCAACUGAAAAUAUUUCUGUCAAAUGCUGUCAAGACUUUAGAUUGUACCUCGUUUGAAAAACUGCUUUGAAAGGAAGAGUGGACAACUCCCAUCAGCCUUAUUCUCUCAAGAACUGUAUUUGGUUCCUAGUAACAGCCUUUCCAAAGCUCUACUCUUGUUUUUUUCUUUUUAUUAUUAUUCUUAAAUGUUUAAAUUAGAAAAGAAGGGAUCUUGUACAGUGAAACAUAAUUGACUGUCUAUAUUUUGGACAAUUUAUGUAUCUGAAAUGUGUUGUCCCUGUUAUAUGAUGUUAUUUUUUUGCCAGGAGACUAUAGGUUGAUUUAGCUUGGUAGCAGAAAUUUGAUGGGAAACCAAUUUCUGUUUAGUUUUACCAAGUGUUGCCUCUCUCUUACUGGACAUAUAGCCACUUAGUGCAACCUAAGGCAGUGUAUAAGUGAAAUCAACCAAGAGAGUAGGGUUUAUUUUUAAAACAUUCUUAACUUUCAGUAACCAGUUGUUCAAUUUAGUAUAUGUGUCUGAAGACUUUAAAACACUAUAAGAUUUUAAGAAUUGGUUGUGCCAGUGUGUGAGGGAUUUACCUUUAGGCUCUCUGUCACCAGUGAUUUACUAGUGUUAGCUGUUUAACACAUUAUCUGUAUUUAGUAGUGAUUAUUUAUUUACAAGUUGGUGGUAAUUCAGCAGUCAGGACUCUAAGCUUUUAUAGUUGAGUUGAGGGAAUCUCGCUUUUAUUCAUUUGGCUGGCAACUGCCUUUAUCACAGACCUCUGCUGCUUGGCUUCUGUGGAAGUUUAUGAGACACCAAAAUCACCCUUUUUGGAAGCAACUUGCUCUAAGGGGUGAUACAUGAUCAAAAGAGAUGUUUUAAGGGGUUUCAGCAUAAUUCAGAAUGUGAAAAAAAGUCUUAAUUCACAUCCUUCAUUUACAAACCCCUCAAAAAAGCUGCCACACAUUCAAAAUGAAUAAUUUGAUACUUUUUCUUUUAGGUCUUUAAAUAACUGAAGUCAAGCACAGAAUAAGAAUUUAUAGAAAUUUUUGUAAAGAAAGUCAAAGUUCUAAAAAUUGUUUACUGAUGAACUAAAAAUAAAUCAGUAACAAAACUAUCUUUUCAUUACAUGUUAAUGAUGAAAGAUCCUUUCAUCAUAGUGAAAAGCAGUAAGAAUCAGUGUUAGUUAUACCUAUACCAAAGUAAACAUUGAAGAGACAUUUCAUGCAAUUUCAAACAAUACUUUCAUAUUAUUUCUUAACCUGACAUACUUAUCCUUAUUGCAGGCAAUAUACAAAGAUUGGCUCACCACUCUAAUAAAUUAAUUGAAUUCCUGGUUGGGAAAUUGACUUGUUGUGUUUUCCUAAAUUAGCUGAGAUCUUGUAAAACAUGACUUCCUUUAACAGAUGUAGGCACUGCUCAAUUGCAAAGAUGACACCAUAAAAAUAAUGCCAUGUAGUAAUAGAGCAGUAUGCUUUAUUAGAACCAGGUUAAACUGUGUUGCCUAAAGGAGUAAAAAAUUGCUGAGGUCAACAGGUAAACUGAGGUCUGGCAUAAUAUAUGCCACUCAUUAUUGUCUAAUUACAUUAUUUUGACAACAGACAGCAUUUAUCAGAGCAUUAAUUCCAAUGAGAGUUUGGCUAUCACGAUGUGUUGUUUUGAAACAUAACUGAACGAGAUCUGAUUAACGUCUGACUUUCCCGGCCCCAGUUUUUGCAGGUUGGCUAUUCCCAUACAUCAGCUCCAUCACACCAUAAGGUUCUUAGCUGCACCAAGUGAUUGGUGAACAAGGACAACAACAAAAGCAGCAUACAUUGUAUGGAUUUAUCACAAUGCUAUUGUUUAAUGGCUAUGUUUAAUGUGACCUAUCUGGAAAAUGAGGACUCCAAAUAAAAAGCUAUUACUAAUUGUGGCAUUGCAUUCCCUUGAAUUCAUUAACACACAAGUAAUGUGUUACCCACACUGUACCACAGAGACCCCAGUCAUAAUUGUUUUGGAAAGUAACUGCAGCAUCAUGAUGGUUUUUGCUAGUUAUGUGUUUGUCAGUUAAAUAAGAUUUUUUAAAAAUUUAUGUACAUAUAAUGUCACUAGGUCCUCACAGAAGUGUGUUAACAAUCAUUUAGAGAGUCCAGAUAAGUUGGCUAGUCAAAUAAUUACCUGGGAGUCAUAGCCUAAAGAUACUUGUGGCAUUUAAUAUUUAUAAUUAAGGAUAAUUUGGUA